UAAUGGCCGGGAAGACAUCCAAAGAACUCGCCAUAAUUCCAAACCACUGUGCCGCUGUAGCGCAGCGCUCCCUCCUCGUCCUCCCUCAAGAACACGGAAAAAGAUCGGGGCUUUUGGGUUCCGGACACCAAGGAUUGGAUAUUUAUUCUGUUUUGCUUUGCUUUGACCGGCGCGGCGGUUCUUGAACUUGGGAUGGAGUUGCAGGGGCCGGGCGAGGGGAGGGGAGGCGGCUUCGCCUGAUGUAGAUUUCCCUUUUCCCUUUGCCUGCUUUGUUUAUUCUGGCUCUGGGCGUUCACAUCUCUCGCAGAGCUUUCGUGAUCUGCCAAUUGGAGGCCAUGCGCGCGGGCCAAACAGGUUUGCUGUGCGGGAACAAGUGAUCGCAUUUCGAGGCGGUGGUUUUAGGUGGAGAUGAAGGAGGUGGGCGAGGAGAGGUGCCUGGACCCGCAGCUGUGGCACGCCUGCGCGGGCGGCAUGGUGCAGAUGCCGCCGGCGCGCUCGCGCGUCUACUACUUCCCCCAGGGGCACGCCGAGCACGCCAACGGCGGCGGCGGAAGCGCGGCCGCCGAGCUCGCGGCGGCGGUCGGGCCGCGUCCGCUUCCCGCGCUCGUGCUCUGCUGCGUGGCAGGGGUGCGCUUCCUGGCUGAUCCGGAGACGGACGAGGUGUUCGCCAAGAUCCGGCUCGUGCCCGUCGGCCCCGGCGAGGCGGGGUUCCGGGAGCCGGAGGGGCUCGGCCCGCUCGGGGGCGACCCGGCGGAGGCGCGCGACAAGCUGGCCUCCUUCGCCAAGACGCUGACGCAGUCCGACGCCAACAACGGCGGCGGCUUCUCGGUGCCGCGCUACUGCGCCGAGACCAUCUUCCCCAAGCUUGACUACAGGGCUGACCCGCCGGUGCAGACGGUGCUCGCCAAGGACGUGCACGGGGAGGUGUGGAAGUUCCGCCACAUCUACAGGGGCACGCCGCGCCGGCAUUUGCUCACCACGGGCUGGAGCACCUUCGUGAACCAGAAGAAGCUCGUCGCGGGGGACUCCAUCGUGUUCCUGCGCACCGAGCACGGGGAGCUCUGCGUCGGAAUACGCCGGGCCAAGCGGGUCACCUGCGGGGGCAUGGAGUGCAUAUCCGGCUGGAACGCGCCAGGGUAUGGGGGGUUCUCGGCCUUCCUCAAGGACGAGGAGAACAAGAUGAUGAAUGGUGGCCCCGCCGGUUACGUCAAGGGCAGGGGGAAGGUGAAGAUCGACCAUGUGGUCGAGGCGGCCACCCUUGCGGCCAACAGCCAGCCAUUUGAGGUGGUGUACUACCCGAGAGCUAGCACGCCGGAGUUUGUUGUCAAGGCCGCGGCGAUGCAGGCUGCCAUGAGGAUCCACUGGUGCCCUGGCAUGAGGUUCAAGAUGGCCUUUGAGACCGAGGAUUCCUCAAGAAUCAGCUGGUUUAUGGGGACCAUAUCUUCGGUUCAGGUUGCCGAUCCACUCAGAUGGCCGAAUUCACCAUGGAGACUUCUUCAGGUCACAUGGGAUGAGCCAGACUUGUUACAGAAUGUGAAAUGCGUGAGCCCAUGGCUUGUGGAACUUGUAUCAAGCAUUCCACCAAUCCAUUUGGGACCAUUUUCUCCACCACGAAAGAAGUUACGGGUUCCCCAACAUCCUGAUUUUCCAUUGGAUGGUCAUCUGUUUAAUCCAAUUUUCCAUGGGAACCCACUUGGUCCUAGCAACAGCCCCCUAUGCUGUUACUCGGACAACAACUCUCCUGCAGGCAUACAGGGAGCCAGGCAUGCUCAAUUUGGUUUACCAUUAACAGACCAUCAGCUUAAUAAGCUGCACCUUGGUCUGUUCCACAGCGGCGGUUUUAACCGGCUUGACGCUCUAACCCCGUCUUCCCGGAUACCUAAGGGCUUUGUGCUCAGCAGCGCACCAGCCCACGACAGCGUCUCUUGCUUGUUGACAAUCGGUACACCACAGAGCACAGAAAAAUCUGUUGACAGAAAGACCCCACAUAUAAUGUUGUUUGGAAAGGCUAUUCUUACGGAGCAGCAGAUGACUUCAAGUGGAUCAAGGGAAACACUCUCCUCUGGGGCUACUGGAAAUAGUUCACCUAUCAGUACUGGGCUGAAGGCAGGAAAUACGUCUGAUGGUUCUGGUUCAUCAAUCUGCAUUGGAUUCUCAUCGCAAGGUCAUGAGGCUUCCGACCUCGGACUGGAAGCUGGGCACUGCAAGGUAUUUAUGGAAUCGGAGGAUGUUGGUCGCACCAUCGACUUGUCUGUCUUUGGUUCAUAUGACGAGUUGUAUGGCCGUCUGGCUGACAUGUUUGGGAUCGAGAAGGAAGAAAUCAUAAGCCAUCUUCGUUACCGUGACACAGCUGGUGCCGUCAUGCACACUGGAGGAUUACCAUUCAGUGACUUCAUGAAAGUGGCACGGAGGCUGACGAUAAUAAGCGGCGAAAAGGGAGGGCUGGCGAAACCUCUCAUCGAAUGCAUGGUUCAGCGGGUGUGAUAUCUUGAUGAGCUCCAGCAUGAGUUCCAUUGAGAAAUAUUAAACCUAGAGUGAAGGACUACUCUCCAUAUGCAUGCGUUUUAUUAGCGGUUUGUUUACCCGUGCUGUCAAGCGGAACUGCGUCAUCGUUAGUACUACAAUCUUGUGGAUUGCUUUUUAAUAUGUACUCACUGUAUUUGUCUGUUAGCUGCUUGUUCAGCGCUGUUGAUCGCCCAAGUUAAGGGCUGGUCAUCCGGCGGCUGAGUUGGAAGUGUGCUUCUCAACGAACUCUUGGACGGUUUUGCUUUGCUUGGAAUAAAGUUAAGUUUUCAGUUGGGUCUUUGGAAAUUAA